AUGUUUUCAGCAUUUAGCAGUCACUUGCCACUGAACAGCAACUCCUCAUUGAUGCACUCUUUUGUGGACUCAUUUUUCCUGGGCAAGAAAGCGCUUGUCAAAGAGCGACUGCGUCAGUCAAUGGAGACCGUCGUCGAUGGGCUGUUUGAGGAGAUGGUCGAGCAGGUCAAGGAAAUGCUGUUGCCGCCAAAAGAAGGUGUAAGUAGUGAUCAAGUGAAACCUUCUGGCUAUGAGACUACCAGCAAAGCUACUCCAGCCAAAGCUACAUCGAGCAGUUUUCCAGUGGCUGAAAUGCCGAAAAACAAACUGAUUUUCGCUACCAAGUCAAAACAUGGUCCCUCUUCUUCAGCUGCUUCUCAACCGUUUUCAGGUCUUUAUAAACGAAUGGCAGAAGAUGAUGGAGUCAACAACAACCAGCCAAACAAGAAGAAAGCGAUCACUGUAGAGUUGCAGAUUGAUGGUCCACUCGAUGACGAGAAUGACUAUGGUGACUUGGACAACGAUGACGUUGCUGGUGGUGGUGACAUUGAACAACUGGAUAAGGACACUGCUCAGAAAAACACUGCCAUUGCCAGCGAUCCAAAGCCGCAGCCAAAACAGACAGCUGAAAAGAAAGUCGCCUGUCCUGAGCCCGGAUGCGGAAAGCUUCUUGCCAGUCGCAAUCUCAAGCGACACCUGCGAACGCACAGCAAUGCCAAACCAUUUGGCUGCAACUAUUCUGGUUGCUCGUUGGAGUUCAGUCAACGCGAACACGCUAUUCGACACAUUCUCAAUGUGCAUCUUAAGAAGCCGAAACCUAACGAUGCUGAAGAUGAUGGAAAUGAGGAAGCAGACGAACCCGAUCCAGCGACCUAUCUCACCGUAAAAGAAGAGCUGCUCUAA